UUCACUGAGAGCAGUUUAAAACAGACUAAUCCCUUAUGCAGUCAUUCGCUCUACUCUAAUAGGGCCCCUCCACCUCAUCUAGAAUUCGAUCCAGGAUGCUCCUCGCCGCCUGCUGCCUGCGCUGAGGUCCCAGGAAUCCCGGAUGAGUGACAUGGCCAAGGCGGGAGUGAGUCCUCCGAGGCCGCGGGCGUCGCUCUCGCCGCUGCCGCUGCUGUUGCUGCUGGGAGGCUGCCUCCUCUCGGUCGCCGGGAGGGACAGGGGAGCAACUGGCAGGGAAGUGGCCCGGGCCUCCGGCCCCACGGACGGCUCCUCGGGUCGCUUCGUGAGUCCGGAGCAGCACGCGUGCAGCUGGCAGCUCCUGGUGCCCGCCCCGGAGACGCGGACGGGCGGAGAGCUGGCCCUGCGCUGCCAGACCCCGGGCGGGGAGAGCUUGCUCUGCGCCUACCGCGGGCAUCCGGAGCGCUGCGCGGCCACCGGCGCCCGGCGCGCGCACUACUGGAGACGGCUGCUGGGCGCGCUGCGCAGGAGACCGCGGCCCUGCCUGGACCCCGCGCCGCUGCCGCCACGCCUGUGCGCCCGCAAGACGACCGGCGCCGAGCUGCACCCCAGCUUCCCCGCGCGCCCCAGCGAGCAGCCCCGGCCCAAGGCGAGGAGCCGGGCUCGGCCGCGACAGUCAGUGCGGUCCCCGAGCUCCCUACCGGAUAAGAAGCCCUUGCUGGUGAAGUCCAACUCCGGCGGGAGGAAGGCGGGCUCAGACCGGGUCCCGGAGCCUCCUGCGACAGCAGGACUCCAACCCAACGGGCUGGACCAGAAUGCCGAGCUCACUGAGACCUACUGCGCCGAGAAGUGGCACUCCCUUUGCAACUUCUUUGUCAAUUUCUGGAAUGGCUGAGGCUGCGGGCUGGCAGGGGCACUAGGGGCAGGUGCUGCGGAGCAGAGGGCAGCGCAACCGGGGCGGGAGGCUCAGGGCGUCUUAGACGGGGAACCGGGAUGGAGAGUAGGCUAGUCUGCUAGUAGGGAUUUCCAAAAUGGGGCAGGGGUCAGGGUGAGAAGAAUCUGAAGCAGUAGGAGAGCUUUUUUGAAGCAUCUCAAUUCUGAUUUAAGAGCAGAAGAAAUAGUGGAAGCGGAGAGAUUUUAUAUUAAGUAUGCGAAAUUUGUAGAAUAGGGAGAGAAGCUGAGAAUAGCGAGAAUGAAGUGACUAAAGAGGUGCGACUCUUUCCUAGGAAGUGGGAUGCAAUGUAUAUCAACACAUUGUCAUUAAAUGUAACUGUAAGAACCUGAGCCAUGUUGAAUUGUUCAAAAUUUUCUUGAAUUUUCAGCUUGAGAAAUGAUUACCCCUCCUUUCUGGUUUGUUAUGAACUCUGGGUGUGACAUAGAAAGUGUGAUCUUUCUAUGUAGAUUAAAGCCUUAUAGGUAAAAAAUAAAUCUGAGAUUGGAUUAUCAGGACAAUUGCUUUUCAGUCCCCUUACUACUUUUUAACUGAAUUUUAAGCCUACUGUCCUGAAAAGUUCAUUAACUACCUAAAAUCAGAAGUGAAUUUUAGAUGUUCAGUGCUCUCUAGAUCUUCAAAUACAAACAAAAAUCUCCAAGCCUUUAAAGUUUGAUCACUCUUUUUAAAAUCAACUAAAAUGUAAACAUGUAUCUGGAUCAUUUGGCCCUUCAUCUCUUUUGUAAUUAAAUUUAAAAUGUGGGUUUUUAAAAUAUGUUGUAACGAUCGUCUUUAAUUAAAAAAAAACGGAUUGGAUUUAAAGAGUUGGAAAACGAUGGAAA